UGUGCUUGACAUUUUCUACUCAUUGUGUAGCCAAAAAUCCUUUUCAACAGGUUUAUUAUUCAGUCGCUUUCAAUAGAUUUUUUUAUGAUAUGAUGAAGAAUUUUCAAGUGACGCCGGAAUUAUGCCACUAUAAGGAGAGACUACUUUACGUGAACUUUACGUAUUACUAUAUCUUUUUCGCCAGUCAGCAAGGAUAACUAUCGAGUCAUAUAUCUAGUUUACAAAAGAUAUUUGAUUUUUUUGUCAUACUUUGAUAGUUACUAUUUCGUGUUUAUCAUAUACAUACUUAUGUUUUAAGUUUACAGUGAAAAAGUACCAUCACCUGCUCAAUAACGCUACGCUUCGUGUACGAGAAGACCGAGAUUUUAAUUAGACAGAUCUUGUCACUGGAAUACAAUAUAAUAUAAUGCAGAGAUAGACCCUAACAUUUUCAAAGAUAGCUAUACAUUAAAUUAAGGCUAGAAAUUGAUGUCGGCGUACACGUCUGUUAUUUUAGUUGUCCUGAAAUAAACACUUACUUUUCGAAUUGCAAUUUACUUAAAAAUCAUUCGUGGCAAUGGCGGAGGAAUUAACAAAGCUUGAUGAUUUUGAGAGAUUUGUAGAGGCGAAAGAAGAAGAUUUAAGAGACGCACUUGUUGAAAACAAUGAGAUGAAAGAAGAUAACUUAGGAGACAUACUUGUUGAAAACUGUGAUAUAAAAGAAGAGAACUUAAGAGACACACUUGUUGAAAACAGUGAGUUGAAAGAAGAAAACUUAAGGGACACACUUGUUGAAAACAGUGAGUUGAAAGAAGAAAACUUAAGGGACACACUUGUAGAAAACAGUGAGUCGAAAGAAGAAAACUUAAGGGACACACUUGUAGAAAACAGUGAUAUAAAAGAAGAAAACUCAAGUGACAAAGUCGCAUGUGAUAAAGCGGAGAGAGAAACAUGGGGUGGUCAAUUCGAGUUUGUGCUUUCUCUUGUAGGAUAUACGGUUGGUCUUGGAAAUAUUUGGCGUUUUCCUUACUUCUGUUUCAGAAAUAGUGGGGGCAUCGCAAUAAUACCGUUCCUAUUAUUUGUGGUGGUUUGCUGCGGGCCACUCUAUUAUAUAGAAGUAUGUCUUGGUCAGUUCUCAGGACAGUCGCCGAUCAACGUUUGGAACAUAUGUCCACUGUUCAAAGGAAUUGGCCUAAACAUGGUUAUAAUUUCAUUCACGUACCUUUGGUACUACGGUAUAGCCUUUGCGUGGGUACUGUAUUUUCUGAUUCAAUCCUUCUACCCGAUACUAGGAUGGUCAUCUUGUAGUAAUAGCUGGAACACGGAUGCAUGUGUCGAUUCAAACAUUAACAUAAGUAAGAAAAUGCACAAUGUGUCAACGAAUACCACACAAGCUAUAUUCAAGACGUCGGGAACAGAAUUUUGGGAAUUGAAUGUGUUGCAUAAAUCGAGCGGCAUUGAAGAAACUGGUUCCCUGCAAAUCCACCUCAUUGGUUGCUUAUUUUUAGGAUGGUUCCUGGUCUUUUUAUGUCUUGCAAGAGGAGUAAAAACUCUCGGCAAGGUCGUGUACGUGACUGCUACAAUGCCAUAUGUGUUACUUACGAUUCUUUGCAUCCGUGGAGCCACACUGGACGGUGCAUGGAUAGGACUACGCCUUUACCUAGUUCCUGAUUUCAGCAAACUAUUCAGCGGACAGCUUUGGAUGGAGGCAGCGGUCAUGAGUUUUUACUCUCUUGGACCUGCAUGGGGCGGGGUUAUUACAAUGGCCAGCUUCAAUAAAUUUCAUCAUAAUGCUCUCAGAGACACUUUAAUUGUUUGUACCGCCGAUGUAUUCACCGGCUUCUUUGGAGGUCUUGUCGUGUUUUCUGUGCUCGGAUUCUUGUCAAAAGAAACCGGAGUUGCCUUAGAAGAUUUGCCGUUUUCAGGUCCCGGUCUUGCAUUUAUCGCGUACCCGGAAGCCCUGAGCCGCCUUCCUCUUCCUCAUGUAUGGUCCGUGCUAUUCUUUCUCACCUUGGUUCUUGUCGGUAUAGACACACAGUUCAGUAUGUUCGAAACUGUGACAAACACUUUUAUAGAUUUAGACCUGAAGAAAUAUGGUAAAUACAGAUUAUUGAUAUCAGCAGUCGUAAUGAUUGUCCUAGCAAUUCUCGGACUUCCUUUGGCAUCUUCUGCUGGAUUUUACAUAUUCAUCCUGGUGGAUUGGUAUAUGGCUUCCUUUAAUCUGGUGUUUAUAUGUUUCAUGGAGUGUUUCGUCAUAUCUUGGAUUUACGGUGCCAACAGAUUCUGUUCAGAUAUAGAAAUGAUGCGCGGCAGUCGUCCUUCACUACUUCUUAGAAUAAUAUGGGUCUUUGUUAUUCCGCUCUUUAUUGGGGGUAUACUGAUGACUACAGUAAGCUCUUACUCCGCUCCGAACAUCGAUGAAGGCGGAUACAAAUACCCGUAUUAUGCACUUGUUAUUGGGAACCUAUUUGCGUUUGGACCAAUGUCUGCAGUUAUUUUGACAGCAGGAUACCAAAUACUUCGGACUAAAGGGUCGAUUAGACAAAGAUUGUCCAAACUAAUAAAGCCAUCAGCUGUUUGGCAGCCACACGACAAGAAAUACGGGCACAUCUUUCAAACACGACCAUUUAGAUACGAAUAUGGAUUCAAGAGAAGAUUUCUGUGUAAUAUUCUAGGCUUGAAAGAAUCGUAGAAUUUUGCCAGACAGCAGUGACAUUCCACUUGAAAAGUUUAGUGUUCGGAAUGUUUUCUAGACUGCGUGCAUGUGUGUUGAAUCGUAGCAAUGAUGUGUGUAAUACCAUUGGUACUGUCUGAUACUUACAAAAUAUAGCGAAAAUAUUUAAUAAGAAAUAGAUGAACAUACGAUUUAAAAUGUGUACUUAUUUAGUCAACAAGAAGAAAAACUAUUGAUAAUCAAACAAUAUAUGAAUAUCCAUUAAUAUAUUAAUAAAUCUGCUUCUAAAUG